AUGAAUGAGUCAAAAAAGAGGUGUGAUGCUUUAAAACGGAGGUGUGAUGCUUUAAAACGGAGGAAGGAGUACCUUGAAAUUCCAUGGACUAACAUGAGAUCAAAGGUGGAGCCAUCUGUUGCUGAGAAAUCAUUAAUUAACCACAGUGAUUACUUGAGCGGUCAAGUCAUUACAGCCUCUGCUGCUGAUAUAAGUGGAGAGGCUGUGAUCAGAACAGAGGGUCGUUUGGUGGAGUACACAUACCUUGUCAUAGCCGCAGCUCUUGAGUAUCUGAUCUCAUUUACAUUUCCAGAUGACGUGAAGAUAAAAUAUUCCGAUUCGAUUCUUAUUGUUGGGGGUGAGCCAUCAGGCGUUGAGCUUGCUGCUGAAAUAGCUGUGAAUUAUCCAGACAACAAGGUGACACUGGUUCAUGACAGACCAAGGUUGUUGGAAUCUGUUGGUCAAAAAGCUGGUGGUAAGGCACUGCUUUGGCUGAGAUCAAAGAAUGUUGAAGUUUAUUUGGAGCAGUCGAUCGAUCUAGAGUCCAUGUCAGAGGGAGACAGGCUCUACAGGACGUCGUCGGGGAUAGAGAUAACAGCUGAUUGCUGCUUCUCGUGCCUCGACAGACCACUGAGUUCAUCAUGGAUUAGAGGUUCUGAGCUGAAAGAUUGCUUGGACAAUGAUGGAAGAUUGAUGGUUGAUGUAAAUCUAAGAGUGAAAGGCCAGCUUAAUAUUUUUGCCGCUGGUGAUAUCAUUGACAUUCCGGUUGGUUAG